AUGUUGCGUGGGCCAACAGGGCGAUAUCAAGAGACGAGAUCUUUGGACCAGUUCGUAACAAAAUUCAGGACCGUGCAAGAAGCCACGGAGAGAACGAACAACACCAAGUAUGUCUUGGCCGAGGUGUGCGGUGCCUUCACAAAGGACAUCGACACGGCCAACUGGGAUCCGUGCGGAUCAAGUCCAAAGAUGAGCGGGCAAGGACGAGAGAAGGGCGAGUACGUCCUCCACAACUACACGCAAGUCAAGGCAGUGGUAACGGCGCUCAGGAAUCCCGCAUGACUCUGAGGGGAAGCUUAAAUCAUCGUCCUUGGAGGAUGGAUUGCGAAUCAAAGCUAUACAUUUUGUGUGCUA